CUCCUGAGGAAUCCAGUUGUUCACAACCUUUGACUCUUCUGUAGAAAUGAAAUGUUCAUUCAGUCAAGUUUUAUGAAUAUUAUGGACAAAUCACCAAUAGUUACAAACAUCCUUGUUUCUUACCGGUAUUCCACUUUUGCCAUUAGAGUUCAGUCAAUUAGUAAAGCUUUGUUAUGAGAACCGAAGACCACGUGAGGUUGGACAACCUGAGAGAAGGCUUGGAUCAACCCCUGAGCUUCAUCUUUGCCAGAGCUCUGUACGAGAGCGACAAAUCUUGUGACUUCAGCCUUGCCAGAAAUUCAGCAAUGGAAGCAUGGGUGCCUCCCCUUCUGAAAGAUCUGACAGCUUCCCAUUGACUUAUUCCAGGGCUGCCUAGUGGAACCCAUCCAUGCAAUGAGAAGCUGAACUGCUCCAAGACCUCCUUCAAAAAAUAGAGUUUAACGAACAUAAGACCAUGUCUCAACUUCAGUUGCUCCGGAGACCUCUGUCUCCAAAGACGGAAACUGAACAAUAUAUUCCAAAGAAGAAAUGCACGAAAGCUGUUCGUGAAAAAGAGAAAGAACCCGAAAAAGUGCUUGGAGAUGUUGACAGUCAGACUCCUCCGCCUGAAAAGAACCAAUCAAUUUCUUUGUGCUUUCCAGACGAUGAUUUUAGUGUUCAGCCUCCAUACCCUGUUAAGAGAGAUUUUGUUAUCCCUGUCUUUUUGACGGGUCCCCCUAGCUUCCCAAUGCAAAACCGUCGUGCCCCUAUGCGGUUACAGCAUCCUACGCUGCACCCAUCUCACUUACCAACAGAUUUUGUGGUGAGCGGUGUGACUAUGGUAACCUCGCCUCUCCCUUCCGUAACCCAGAAAUAUGUCCCUAAAAAGCCAUUCAUUUCUCGUUAUAAUUGUGAAGUCUUCAGUAACAAGCUGAUUGCUAAAGAGAUGAAAGGUCCAGAGAAAGUUGCCAUCAUAUACUUAAAACUGAGCGAAUCUGAUAGAGCACUGGAAAGUCCAGAAUUAGAAGAAGAAAUGGACUUUAUUAAAUCAUUUAUCUCCGGAGCUGGAUACGAUACUGAAUUAAGUGCAUUAGAGAGAGCCAAUGAGUUUCUACAGAAGGCUGAAAUGGCAGUUCUGUUUUGCAUCAUGCAUAGAAAAACUGGACUUAGUCUUAAGAAAACAUCAUUGUGUCUAGAAUUGCUAGUUCGGAAUACUCUGUAG